UCGACAAGUAAACAUAACCCCACUUUUUUAAAAAAAUUUUUGUUGUUUGAAAAUGACAGACGACAAAGAAGCGUUUAUUUCCAAAAUCAACGCCCGUUUUAGUAACGACAUAAUCAAAGAAGCCCUGAAGUCGCACUUCAGCAACCCCAAAACGAAGAUUUCCGACGACGCCGUUGACUUAAUGACCGAACUAGCGAACUUUCUAGUCGUGGAAGCGUCUUUACGAGCCGCCAAACAAGCUUCUUCGCAGAACAAAACCCUUGUCACCCUAGACCACAUCGAGAGCGCGCUCCCCCAAAUUAUGUUAGAUUUUCCAUAACUCUAAAUAAAUAACUUCAGAACAAA